CUAGGAUACAUUUAAAAGGCACUGUUGUGCCAAACAGCAUUCAUCAGUUCCAGACCUACAGACAAACAACUACUUGCAGGAAGCACUGUGCAGAAGAAGUCUCCAACAGCAUGGAAAAGAGCUGUUCUUUGGUGUUGCUGGCAGCCUUGUUACUCAACUCAGCUGCAGGGAAUACCCUUAACCAAAGCUGGAAGUGGAAGUCUGGGCACACUACCACUGGUUUCUACCCGUUUGGUCCGUCUGCUGGUGACAGAGCCAACCCAAAAGUGGACGACGGUGGUUCCAGUCAGCUGUCGGUGUCUCUCUCUUCUGGCUUCCGCUACUUUGGCUCUGUCUACCAUGACUUCUGGGUGAACAACAAUGGCUUGGUGUCCUUCCAAGGCCAAGUGUCCCAGUUCACCCCUUCUCCCUUCCCAAUUCAAUCCUUCCCCAUCGUGGCUGUGUUCUGGGGUGACGUUGACAACAGGCUUGCCGGAGAGGUCUACUGGAGACAGACCACCUCAGAUUCCUCACUGAUCACCCGAGUGUCGCAGGACAUCCUGGCAAACUACCCAGACAUUCCAAGUUUCCGAGCCCGCUGGGUUCUGGUCACAACUUACUAUGAUGUGACCUACUACGGGGGCAGUUCAAGCACCAAUCGCCAGUCAUUCCAGGCAGUACUGGCAACAGAUGGAACCUACUCCUUUGCCAUCUUCAAGUACGGAGACAUCGUCUGGACCACAGGAACUGCCAGUGAAGGAGACAGGGAGACCGGGCUUGGAGGAAUCCCAGCACAGGCUGGUUUCAAUUCCGGAGAUGGGAGUAACUACUACACCGUCCCUGGCUCACGAUCUGCUGAGAUUGUCCAGAUAGAGACCAGGACCAACGUUGGGCAGCCGGGCACCUUCAUGUUCAGGAUUGACCCCUUUACCAUCAUCCCCCUUGGUACCGUGAGGCUGGUAGGAGGAAAUUCUGAGUUUGAGGGUCGAGUUGAGAUCAACCGAGGAGGAACCUGGGGGACAAUCUGUGACGGCAACUGGGGAAUACUGGAGGCCCAGGUGGUGUGCCGUGAGGUUGGCCACGGUGGUGCUGUGGCAGCCUACGGCUCGGCACAUUUCGGCCAGGGAAGUGGAACCAUUUGGCUGAACAACAUGAACUGUGCAGGAAAUGAGGACUCUCUCUCUACAUGUCCACUGCUGUCUGACGUGACCAACACCUGCACACAUGCCAACGAUGCUGGGGUACAAUGCAGAGAUCUUGAUGACUGCAGGCCGAAUCCUUGCCAGAAUGGAGGGACGUGUCUGGACCGAGUGGACGACUUUGUCUGCCUUUGUCAACAUCCGUAUGAUGGGAAGAUGUGUCAGAUCAAUACGGUUGACCCAUGUCACAGUGGCCCAUGUCAGAAUGGAGGGGUGUGCUCCAGAAGUGAUGGCAGUUUCACCUGCUCAUGUCAGCCUGGAUGGGAGGGGACCACCUGCCAGAUAGACAUUGACGAGUGUGCCAGUGCAGAAAUGGAGGGACCUGCACUGAUGGCAUUAACCUGUACACCUGUACCUGCCCCACUGGCUGGAAGGGAACCGAAUGUCAAAACUUCACCUGUGAGGGCCGUGCCUUUACCAAGUAUCGGAACCCAGAUGACUGUAAGACGUACUAUGAGUGUUUGGAUGGGUAUCCAGACUUUGUCCUGCAGCUUUGUGCCCCGAAGUACACCGUGUUCAGUGAGGCUACAAUGAAGUGUGAGUGGCCUGAGGAUGUGGAAGGCUGUGACAUCACCUACGUGUGCUCCACCCCGUGUGAGAAUGGAGGAAGCUGCUCUGGGCCGGACGAGUGCACCUGUCCCGAGGGCUUUGGUGGGAAAGCAUGCCAGCACGACCUUAGUGUCCCCUUCAGCGCCACUCUGACCUGUGACGGCAGCACCUUCAACCCCUUCCGUCCGAUGACGCUGUGCAACAACGAAUACUACAUGUGCUCCCCUGGGUACGACACACCCUUCCUCUUCAGCUGCCCUGCUGACCUGGUCUUCAACAAUGACAACAUGGUGUGCGACUGGCGUCACAACGUGCCUGGGUGUUGAGAAAUCUACAUCUGCCCAGUGUCUCAACAGACCGCUGACCAAUGAUAUUAUAGACUUUUGAAGUCUACAGUUCUACCCAAGACACCAGAGAGGCAAUAACUCUAACCUGUACUAGUAUUCAAUGUUCAGGUUAGAAUGUACAGCACAUUGUGGAAACCUGUUCCUGUUGUGCAGUAUUUCAACAUGUGAUUUCUCUUCUAUGUGGAGCAUUAAACUUUCC